CUCGGUCUAUGCUGUAUCGACCUGGCUUUCAAGGUUUUGGGUUCUUUUACAACUGAGACAUUGAAAGCUUGUCAGUGGUGCAUUAUACAGUAAUGAAUUGUUUCUCUUUCUUGUUUACAAGGAAGAAAGCUUCAUCAGCUAGAGAGACUGUUGAAGUUGUAGAAGAAGUUUCAGGCAUCCAGAAAGUUAAACAGUACACAUACAGAGAAUUAAAAAAUGCUACCGAAGAUUUUAGUCACGAAAAUAAAAUAGGGGAAGGUGGUUUUGGUUGUGUCUACAAGGGAAAGCUUAGGGACGGCAAUGUUGUUGCUAUUAAAGUACUUUCAGCUGAAUCAAAGCAAGGGGUCCGGGAGUUCCUGACAGAGAUAGAAGUGAUAUCGUAUGUAGAGCAUGAAAACCUAGUCAAGCUGUAUGGUUGUUGUGUGGAAGGAACCCAUAGAAUUUUGGUAUAUGGCUACCUUGAGAAUAAUAGUCUUGCACAGACUCUCCUUGGAGGCCACAGUAGGAUGCAUUUUGAUUGGAGAACACGUUAUAAAAUUUGUAUUGGUGUUGCACGUGGGCUAGCAUUCCUUCAUGAGGAAGUCCGACCUCAUAUUGUUCAUAGAGAUAUCAAAGCAAGCAAUAUCCUCCUUGACAAAGAUCUCAAUCCCAAAAUUUCAGACUUUGGUCUCGCAAAGCUUAUUCCAUCCAACAUGACACAUGUCAGUACUCGUGUUGCUGGAACAAUAGGUUAUUUGGCACCUGAAUACGCAAUACGAGGACAACUGACACGUAAAGCAGAUAUUUAUAGCUUUGGAGUUCUCCUUCUAGAAAUAGUUACUGGCAGAUGUAACAAUAACUCGCGGUUGCCAGUUGAAGAACAAUAUCUUCUUGAAAGGACAUGGGUGCUGCAUGAACGAAAGGAGCUCGUGGGGCUGGUUGAUACAUCAUUGGAUGGGAUUUUUGAUGCUGAGGAAGCAUGCAGGAUCUUGAAGAUUGGCUUGCUGUGCACUCAGGAUGCACCUAAGCUGCGGCCAUCAAUGUCAACUGUUGUCAAGAUGCUAACAGGUGAGAUGGAUGUGAAUAACAUGAAGAUAACGAAGCCAGGUCUUAUCUCUGAUUUCAUGGAUCUCAAAGUUAGAAAUGGUCAGAAAAAGAAGACUGAUGCGAUGACAUCUUACAUGGCAUCCUCUGGAUCAGAUAAGAUGGAUAAUUCAUCCCUCUCUUCAGGAAACACCACUUCCACUUACAACGCCACAUAUGGUACCAUGACCUUCAAUUCUAUAUACGAAAGAAGCAACUGAGAGAAGUCAUCCCUACGAAAGAUGUUCUAUUUUUUUGUUUCUUGCCUGAUCUACAGGUUUCUUGUCACAUAAGUUUUGGGUAACCCCAUUUUUUUUAUUUUUUUGUGUGUUUAACUUUGCUUACCAUGAUCAUUGUAGGAAAGUAAGCUUGUAAAAGAGGAUGGUUUGAUAUAUCAAAUGUUUUUAACUUCAUACAGGUA